AUGAUGGAGGCGCUGUCGGCCAAGCUGCGCCAGCCAACGCUCGUGCGAACCGUGACGACCACGGUCGUCGGCGCGGCCAUCUUCUCGCUCUGCAUGUGUGACCCCUUCGGUCUACCCACGCGUGGCACUCUGGGCUCGCUCGCGUGGGUGUUCACCUACUCCACCCUCAAGCCCAAUAUCGGGCCGAGCGAGUACGGCAAGUUGAUCGACGGCUCCAUCAAGUUCCUCCUGCUGCUGUGCUUGUGCAGCGUCUUGGCGAUGGCAAUGGUUGCCAGCAGCCGCGGCCACCCGGAGGCGCUGAUGGCGUGGACAUCGGUGCUGGCCGUCUUCUACUGCGCAAUCGCCUCGUGGGAUUCCUCCUGGUUCGGCGCCGGCGUCGUGUGUGCGCUCAUGACGUACCUCUUUGCCUUCAUUCCCUACUCGCAGGCGCCGCCGUGGUCCGAAAAAUACCCGACUAGAGAGCUGCAAUUCCACGUGCAGUGGGUCGUCCUCACGGGGAGCAUCACGUCGGUCCUAACCUCGGCGACACUCGGCAUCGCGGUCGCGUGUGGUGUUCACGGCCUCGUACUGCCAGACUUUGGAUGCGUCAAGUGGCGGCGAGGUACCGCUGCCGUGCUGAGCAGCACUGCCAAGCUGCUCGACGACGUUGCCGCCCGUGCCAUCAUUACCUCGGCCAGGCGGGUGGACGUCGACAGUCCUGCCCGACUGGCCCAGAGCAUGGGUACGAUUCGCGGCCAGCUGGCCGCCCUCAGCCCCGCCCUCGGUGCAGCACGGCUCGAGUGGCGCUUCUUCUCACCGCGACGGGGGCAGCUGGCGUCUCAGCUCCAGGUGGCCGUGCAGGUGGCGGUCGGCCACGCGCUCGAGAAUGCGACGGCCGCAGCGCAGGCGGGCCACACGAUGUCAAAGCACUUGGGCGCGGACGAGCCGCUGCAAGCCGCUUGCCAGCGAACGCUGCAAGAGAGCCGAAACGCCAUCACCGACCUGGCGACGGCGCUCGGCACGGGCGGCGCCAAAGGCACUCAGCCUGCCGAACCGUUGCCGCCUCCCUUCCCCGUUGGGGAGAGCCUCAGCGAGAGCCUCGACGAAGCGCUCGGCGCGGCGCUGCGUCGAGUGGCCCAUAAGUCGGACGACGCCAUCGAGCAGCUCGUGACUGCGCAUCAAGCGGCCGCCUUCCACGUGACGCUGCGAAGCCUCCGGGCCGCCACCACGCGCCUCUCCGCAGCGGGAAAGGCAUUCGUGGGUGAGCCGGAAGUCUCCAUCUUUUCACCGGCUGGGUGGGCCGCGCUUCGAGCGGAGUGGGCCGCCACCUGCCCAGUGCCGCGUCGCCCACGGGCUGCGUCGGAUCUGCUCGUCGCGUCGCCUCUUGCGCCGGUGUCGCGGCACCGGCACCUGCUUCGGAGCUUCAUGGCCUUCCUGUCGUCCGAGAGAGCGACGACGGCGUGGAAAGUGGCGCUCGCCCUCGUGCUCACGAGCAUGUGGGGCUUCUUCGAGUGGGCCAACCCCGUCUAUGUCAAAAUGGGCGGCGUCUCCGCCAUCGCCUCCGUCGUGACGCUCAGCGUGAGCCCACAAGUGGGCGCGCUCGGGUGGAAGGCCGUGGCCAAGGUUGCGGGGAACCUCGUCGCCGUCGCGUUCGCCUUUGUCUGGUACGGCCUCUUCGUCUCCACGGGGACGGCCGCCGCUCAGGACAGCGGCGGAGACAUCGGCUCCGGCGCGCCGACUGACACCGGCUUGCGCGAUGCAGAGGAGUUCCUGAGCGACCCUCUGCUGCUGGGAGGGAUGGUGCUCUUCCAGGGGCUGCUGCAGGCCGCUUGCUGCCUCUUCGUGGCCGCCUACCCGAGCAUGUCGUACGCGGCGUACAUCACGGUCAUCAUGUGGGUAACGGCGACCAACAAGAAGCUCACCCCGAGCGGCCAGAAUGGUGCGCAGCUCGUUAGCUUCGCCGUGUACGCCAGGACAGUGAGCAUCGAGCUGCUUGGAGCAGCGACGGGGCUCUGUAUGGCCUUCCUCACGUGCAGCCUGAUCAACCCGACGUGGGGGUACGCCUCGGUCUCGAACGCCCUCGCGGAGGUCGCCGCGACCUGCCAAGCCGCCCUGGUCCACGCCAACGAGUUGCGCCGCGGGGGCGCGACGCAGAAGGACUCCGCGGCGGCGAUCGCACGCGCGAGGCUCCUCGUGCAGGAGCUAGCCAUGCGGCGGGCGCAGCUCCUCGCGCGGCGCGGCGAGCUGAUGGUCUUUCUGUGGGCCUCGGGCAAGGAGGUCAAUCUGGAGCCGCAGGCCCACUACUCGCCGGCCAAGGCGAUGCAGCUUUACGCCCACCUCUUCCGCGCGUACGACUACGUGCAACUCCUCAUGAGCGGCCUGGCAGCACAGCUGGCGGCGUCGCCGCCGACGCCACCCACGCAGCCGGGUCCGCUCGAGAAGGAGGGCGUCCCUGUCCUCUCGGAUAGAGUCAAAGAGUCGACGGCGGGCGGCGGUGCGGAGGGGAACGGCGACGCCGCCGCCGCCGAAAUCGUGUCGCUGCACCGCGAGCACCUGAUCCGGCUUCGUUUCGUGGAGAGCGCCCUGCGGCAGCGAGUGCCACUCCUCAAGCCCUUUGCCGGCGACGAGCUGCACGCGCGCAGGAGCGGUAGCCUGCGCACCAUCCGGAGCGCGCUCGCCUCGCGGCUGCGUCAGGCCGCGAGGUACGACGACAAGGCGUUUGCGACGCGUCAGCUAGUGGAUACCUUUGCGACGGUGGCGCACCUCUGGCACGGCGAGCAGCUGCACGAGGCGAUCCGCCGAUGUGAGGCCGUCACCAUGGAGCUCUAUGGCCCCCACGCUGCGGCGGCGGGCUUCAACGAGGUGUCCCGUGUCUGA